GGAGAGGCGGUGGCUGCCAUUUUGAGGGGGUUUCGCGCUGGAUGCCGUUCCUGCUUCGCAGCCCGCUUUCCGCGACAUUCGGCCCAAGAGACUCUUCCGCGCUAUUCUUCCCGUGAGAGGGGACAGGAGGGGAGCUGCGGUCGCUCUCUUUCCUCCUGCCCUUUGCGUUGUAGGAGCCUGUAGCGCAGGGAUUGCCCGGCCCAGCGUCGCCUCGCCGCCAGCUCCUUUUCCUUCUCUCGUCGUCGUCGUCGUCGCCGUCCUCCUCCUCCCGCCGCCGCCGCCAUUUGCCCACCCCCGGUGGCUCCGGGGCGCCGAGCUUAGGCUAUGGGGACCAGGCUGCUGGGGCUGAGCAGCGGCAGAGCGGGCGGCCCGGUCAUCGUGAACAGCGCAGCGGGGAUGGGGGAGCUCGACGGCUUCUUGGUGGCUUUAUCUUGACAUGGCUCCUACCCGUGCUGCUAGCAGCGCCGCCGCCACCGCCUCCACUGCUCCGCCCGCGCCCGCCGGCUGCGGGUAGCGAGCCAGUCCACGCCACACUCUCCGGUCCGGUCUGGUUUGGUCUCUCUUGCCGCCUGAGCCUCCCGCUGGGGCCAAAAGGAUAGUCGGAGGGAAGGUCCUUUUUCUGAGGGAAGGCUGAAGGGGAGGGGGUGUUAGGAACCAACAACUUAAACCUUUCCCAAAUAACUCCUAAAAGGGAAAGGCGGAUUAAUCCUAUUGUGUCUUUAAAAAGAUGAUCCGACGUGUUUGCCCCGCAAGCACUUUUCGCCCUCUUUUCUAAAUAGAGUUAAGUUUGCAGUAUCAAAAAUCUCUGCAAACUGCCGGUUUUUGCAAUUGAAAUCUCUUGGCGUGUUCUUUUCCUUGGUUUCUAUUUUGUGUUUUUAAGAACCCGAGUUGAUGACUGAACGCAAGAGCGAAUUCCGGGCCGUAGACUGAGUGCCCCCGCUGCGCUGAGCACAGGCCCGCCCCUUCCUCUUCAGUGUUGAGCAAGGAGGAGAACAACUCCGGCAAUGAGGCCACUCGCAUCAGCCAUGCCCAGCCCCAAUUAAACUGCGCUCCUUUGCGGUGCCAAGCGGCAGAGGGAGGAGGAUUUUCGCCCUGUCGGUGGGGUAGGACAAGGGAAGCUGUUGGGGGAUGUAGGUGUUUCUCCCUGCAAGGGGAGAGCUAGAUCGAGAGAUCAACUCGGGAUUCAAAGCCUGUAGGCCAGAUACUCUCUAUAGCUUCCUUCUACUCUUUUAUCAAUGGCCAUCAUGAUCCCUCUUCUCUCAAACAGACACAGCCUCAGGGCGACCAUGUGCCUGAUGAUGAGCAGGAUGAAGUUAGAAAUGACUCUGCUGUUUUCCAAACUCCUUGCUCCUCUGCAAACCAGCACUGUGUUGUCUGUGGUUGAUGAUUUUGUUGUUGGUAGGGAAACGUCUUACCUCCUAGAACAUCCGCUCCUGUUGUGCACUCCCUCCUUUGCUUUUUACCAAGUGUAAUAAUUCUUAAAAAUAAAGCCAGGCAGCAUAGCAAUAGCAGAAAUCUUGAUAAUAAUCAGCAGAGUCAUGAAUCUGGGUGGGUUAGAACACUGUUCUUAAUUUCAGUUUUUGUUUGGGGGAGUUUUUGGGGGGUUGAGGCAAAACAACGCCCAAAUGGAUUGGGUCCAUACCCAUUAUUGCUUUUUUUUAUACACGCAAAUUCUGAUAAGAUUUUUUCCCCAUUGUUGCCCAUUUAGUCCCGUGGUUUAAACUGUGUAUUUCAGUGUAUUUUCUUCAAAUGCCUUUGGGUUUUUGAUAAUACUGCACAAACUUUGUCCAAUUAUGGUUGGACUAUUACUUUUUUUUGUUUUAUUACCCCUCUCCUAAGACAGUCUCGUAAAACAAUUGCCUGAGGUGCAUUUUUGGGUUACGUCUGUUUUAUUGAUUCAGUGGUAUAAGAAGGAAUAAAAUGACUUGUUUCUGUUGUACUCAAGUCUUAUAAAAAAGGCCCAUAGUUUAGUGACAGUUUCCAAAGGUUUUAGUACCAUCUGUAUUACAAAAUGGGGGACCCAAACUCCCGGAAGAAACAAGCUCUGAACAGACUUCGUGCUCAGCUUAAAAAGAAAAAAGAGUCUCUUGCUGACCAGUUCGAUUUCAAGAUGUAUAUUGCCUUUGUAUUCAAAGACAAGAGGAAAAAGUCAGCGCUCUUUGAAGUGUCUGAAGUGAUACCAGUCAUGACCAAUAAUUAUGAAGAAAAUAUCCUGAAAGGUGUGCGGGAUUCCAGCUAUUCCUUGGAAAGUUCCAUAGAGCUUCUACAAAAGGAUGUUGUACAGCUGCAUGCACCCCGCUACCAGUCUAUGCGCAGGGAUGUAAUUGGCUGUACACAGGAGAUGGACUUCAUACUUUGGCCUCGGAAUGAUAUUGAGAAGAUAGUUUGUCUUCUGUUUUCUAGGUGGAAGGGAUUGCAUGAUGAGCCCUUUAGGCCUGUUCAGGCCAGGUUUGAAUUUCAUCAUGGUGACUAUGAAAAACAGUUUCUGCAUGUACUGAGCCGAAAGGACAAGACUGGAAUUGUUAUCAACAACCCUAACCAGUCAGUGUUUCUCUUCAUUGACAGACAGCACUUGCAGACUCCAAAAAACAAAGCUACAAUCUUCAAGUUAUGCAGCAUCUGCCUGUAUCUGCCACAGGAGCAGCUCACCCACUGGGCGGUUGGUACCAUAGAGGAACACCUCCGCCCUUACAUGCCAGAAUAGGAUACUGGCCAGCAAAAUGGGGAAGAUCACAGAAUGCAGGAGUGCAGUUUUCACUUUUCUUGCCAUUUAUUCUUUUGGAAUAGAAGAAAAUGGACACAUGUUCAGAACACUAUCCAUCGUGGAACUUGAUCAUCCUGGAUUAUUUUCUUUUUAUCAUUUGUAUCUCAGAACUUUAAAUUUUUUUUAGAUGUUUUCUGCAUGGACCUUGUGAAAGAAAAUGCUCUGCAUAUUCUACAUUUCAUGAGCAUUGUACCAAAAUGUGAAAUGAAGGGACUGUUAUACACUGAAAGAAAUGUAUCUGAGAGCACAAAGUGAUCAUUUAUGGUGGUGUUCCCAUUUGUGCUGGUCAUGUCCCCCAAUAUCAGUAUUCAUAGGGUGAGAAGUGAAUGUAAUGGUGUAAAAGCCUUAUAGCUUUGCUGUUAACAUGAUUGUAUCAGAGCUGUGUCAGGUUCAUUCUGAUAAAUAGGUCUAUGGCUUGUUGCGGUAGAUGGCUAACCAUGGGAAAGAAAUCUUUUAAGGAAAAAGGCAUCUCAUUUGGUGUAGGCAUUAAUUGCCUCUUAUUUUGCUUGGCCAUGUUUGAGUUUAUUGGCAUUCUCAUUUUUCUCUUUCCCCAGUUUGCUGUAUAACUAAAUGUAGAGUGUUCUGUUGAAUUGAAUACAUUUUAUAGACCUGGAGUCUGAAGUAGCCUAAAGCAGCUAAAUUCAGAAUAGCAGCUGCAGAAACCAUGUUGGCAGAAGAUUAUUUUUUUCCUGAGAGUUGACUUGUAAACUUGCUGGUAAACUGCGUUGGAAAUGCUGGUUUUCAAAACAUUUCUUAAGAAAAACUCUCUGAGGUUCUUUUGGGUGUGGGAGGGGAGGAAUAAGAUAAUCUAUAGCAGUUGUGGAUUUAAUUGUAAAAUAUUGUUUGGAGUGUCAAAGUUGGUUUUGACAGAACAUAUUUUGUUUAAGAUUGUGCAAUGACUAUAAGGAAGACUACUGUAUAGUUUUGGCAAAGAAUGCUUUGCUUAAGGAUUGAGUAAUUUUACUGAAGUAAAUCUGUAUAAGCCUAAUCCCUUUGGGUAAAUCUAGUGCUUAUCUGUUUAAAAUUUGUAUUUAGCUUUUGUUUGGAAUUGGAAAAAUUGGAAAUAAAUUAGUUGAUCAAUGA